AUGGAGCUGGACCGCAUGACGAGCGGCGGCCUGCACGCCUACCCCGGGCCGCGGGGCGCACCGGCCGCCAAGCCCAACGUGAUCCUGCAGAUCGGUAAGUGCCGCGCGGAGAUGCUGGAGCACGUGCGAAGGACCCACCGGCACCUGCUCACCGAGGUGUCCAGGCAGGUGGAGCGCGAGCUCAAGGGGCUGCACCGCUCGGUGGGCAGGCUGGAGAGCAACCUGGAGGGCUACGCGCCCACCGGCGACUCGCAGCGCUGGAAGAAGUCCAUCAAGGCCUGCCUGUGCCGCUGCCAGGAGACCAUCGCCAACCUGGAGCGCUGGGUCAAGCGCGAGCUGCACGUGUGGCGGGAAGUCUUCUACCGGCUGGAGAGGUGGGCCGACCGCCUCGAGUCCUCGGGCGGCAAGUACCCGGUGGGCAGCGAGCCGGCCCGCCACACCGUGUCCGUGGGCGUGGGCGGCCCCGAGGGCUGCUGCCAGGAGGCCGACGGCUACGACUACACCGUCAGCCCCUACGCCAUCACCCCGCCCCCCGCGGCCGGCGAGCUGCCGGGACAGGAGCCCGCCGAGGCCCAGCCGUACCAGCCAUGGGGGCCCGGCGAGGACGGGCAGCCGAGCCCGGGCGUGGACACGCAGAUCUUCGAAGACCCGCGGGAGUUCCUGGCCCACCUGGAGGAGUACCUGCGGCAGGUGGGCGGCUCCGAGGAGUACUGGCUGUCGCAGAUCCAGAACCACAUGAACGGGCCGGCCAAGAAGUGGUGGGAGUUCAAGCAGGGCUCGGUGAAGAACUGGGUGGAGUUCAAGAAGGAGUUCCUGCAGUACAGCGAGGGCACCGUGUCCCGCGAGGCCAUCCAGCGCGAGCUGGACCUGCCGCAGAAGCAGGGCGAGCCGCUGGACCAGUUCUUGUGGCGCAAGCGGGACCUGUACCAGACGCUGCACGUGGACGCCGACGAGGAAGAGAUCAUCCAGUACGUGGUGGGCACGCUGCAGCCCAAGCUCAAGCGCUUCCUGCGACACCCGCUGCCCAAGACGCUGGAGCAGCUCAUCCAGAGGGGGCUCGAGGUGCAGGGCGGCCUGGAGCAGGCGGCCCAGCCGGCCAGCCCCCAGCCGCCCGCCGAGGAGGAGGCCGAGGCCCUCACGCCCGCCCUGACCAGCGAGUCUGUAGCCAGCGACCGGACCCAGCCCGAGUAGAGGGCAGCCCGGAGCUCCCCCCAGCCUGCCCGCCAUGCCCGGCCCGGGCCUUUGCCAACCAGGACUCUUGAGCUGGGGCUGACUCCAGCUGGGCGCCCCUUGGCCUGGGGCCCGACCUGCACCCACAGACACACGCCUUCCAGAUAAAGGAGCCCCUCUCGCCCGCCCAGCUCCUGCCCUUCAAGUCUUCGCUGGCCCUGCGCCCGCCUGGGCCGGCAGCGUCCACCCUCCACCCUCUCCGACCAUCGCAGGGCAUCAUUCGGCCGCUCCCUCGCUCUGCUCCAGUGCCCGGGGUACUCACAAGACGCACCCACCGUCCAUCCGGCUGGCCCCGGGCCAGGGGGCCCCAAGCUCUCGGCCCCCCUCCCGCCCCCCGGAGCAGAAGCUAAGGCAGAACCGGUGCCGAGGGAACCUCCACUUCUGGGAUUCCGCCGCUCCCGCA